AUGUCUAUUAAUCUGCUGGGUGUCACUGAGAACUUGCCAGACCAUUUGAAAGAGGUAAUCUUUACAUAUGUGUCUUCACUGAAUAUGAAAUCUAAAUCAUUCCCUCCACUUAUUCAGUACACAGAUGCCUUUGAAAUGGGUGUUAGUGGAUUCCAUGAGAUUUAUUCCAUCUUCCAAGACCCUGGAUUCGAUUCCCGGAGAGGCUGGAAGAAGGAAGCAGAAGAUCAAUCAGGAGCUGUACAUUCCCUCAACACCAGACAUGGGAAGUUAUAUUGCGCCAAGGUAAAAUGUGGUCGGGUUUCAAGGUUUGGAUUACAGUUUGAAGUCGACGUCGACCUCGAGACGUUGAUGGACGACAAUUGGCAUGGCGUGGAGCAAAUGGCUGAAUGGAAUACUCAUGUCGAGUUCUGUAAAAUCCUCGUUCGCAUUACGGAGAACAUAAAUAUUGUUCAUGUGAGGAGAUAUUCGAGGUUUUAUCUCCUGCUUUUAGUAUGGGAAUGGCCCGGUUCUUAUGGUUUCUGGGCGGGAUUUUGUAUCCAUGAGGAUAAAACGAGAAGUAGAUGGUGUUAUCUAUACAAGCGGCUGUUCAGUGGACGCUCCCGGAAUUCCGAAACCAGGAGAUCGAGUCCGCGCAAUCAUUAAAUUGGGAGGAGGGAAGUUCAGGAGCCAUCCCCAGGAUAAAGACAAGUCGAUCGUAGAGAUAAUGCAUUGCAUUGAUUUCAAAGGGAUGGUUCCCAAAAGUGUUAUUCAUCAGGUAAAUAAUCUACGAAACGUCCAUUCUUUCAGGUGAUGGGCAAGAUGAUGCUGAAGGAUAUUGAAGAACAUCAGAAACACGCUGCAGACCUCAAGAAGAAGAAGAACGAGAGUAAAUAA